CCUCGUGUCUUUGGAAGGCAGGGGAGAAGCGCAGUGUUUGUGCAGCACUUGGGGAUGGUGGCACGUGUGUUCAGAGCUGUGAAGGAUUGAAAUCGGAGGAUCUGAGUUGGGAAAGAGGCCUGAGAUUGAAUGUUGAUGCCGGGGGUUGAAUACUGAGAUGCUGCUAAGCCUACAGGGAGCUUCUUCAGGUGGAUAUAGCACAGGGAAGGAGGGAUGAGUGGAUGCUUCACCCUCUGCCAUGCUUUCAUAGGGGUGGCUGAGUCCUGCUGGUCACAGCGGGCUGUUAAAGCAGCGCCAGCCAGAUAAAGCAACCAAUGGACCAAUGGGGACUUGGCCCUCUUGACUAAGCAUUGAUUAUAUCCAGAGCUGUGAGGAUUUGUUUAAUGAAGUGUCCGUAUUAUUUGGGUGUGAAGUCAGAAUCCACAGCAGGGAGAGCUUUCUCUGUGUGCUGUGCAUUGAGGUUUCCAUGUCGGUGCUUUGGGUACAGUUGGGCCCAUUUGCCUCUCUGCACUUCACGCUUCCUGCUAUGGUAAAAUGAAACGAAGGCAAAUUAGAAGCUUUAAAUAUGAGGUAAUUGGGUAUUUCUUAUGCGGAUGGAGUGAAUAUUUGAACUUCUUGUUGUCCAGUGCUGUGACUUCUCUUAUGACAGAGGUAAAAUUUAGGGCUCUGAGAAGAGAAGCUGCACAAAAAGCUUGUGCUCGUGCAAGGACAGGAGGUUUAAUUAAUCUGGUUUAAUUAUUUCAUAGCUGGCAAUAGUUCACAGCUCAUCCACAGCCCCAGGAGCUCAGGCUGCUGAUGGUUUGGGUCAAUGCAACAUCCAUCCCCACCACCUCUCCUUUUCUUCUUGCCCUUCUUGCUCAUGGAGGGUAAUGGGAAUGACGUGCAGCACAGAACCACUCAGAAUGGAGAAGACCACGAUGAGCAAAUCCAACCCACCACCCACCCACACCACAUCCCUCAGCACAGCUCUGAGACCCAGUGCUGAGAAAUGGGUGCGGAUUGCUCAUCUUUAGGGCUGCAAUGGAGCCAAACGAGGAGCUGUGCUGGGUGGAUUUGGCUUUGUUGGAUGGAUCUGGUUUUGCUUUCCUUGUUGGAUGGAUCUGGUUUUGCUCUGUUUGUUGGGCUCAUCCACCCAUGCAGCUCUGGGCAGCCCUGUCUGAAUAUUCCAUUUCUCUACAUGGAGUUAACAGAGCUUUAUAUGUUGACGUUGUGGAGACCACAGACAUGUUCCAUGUGUGGUGGUGGCACAGAUAGAUAGCAAUGAGGUGAAUGUGGCUGCGGUUGCCACCUCCUGGCCCAGCUUUUACCUGACUACCAGGAAUGGGCUUUGUUCCUCCUGGGGCCACUCCUGGGCUAUGUGCAAAGCAGAGGAAAGAUGUUCAGAUCUGUUAAGGAAAAAGAGAGAGGGGAAGAAGGAGGAAGGAAGCAGAUGGCUGUGAAACCAUGAGGAGGGUGAAGCCUGGAAGCCAGCCUGCAACUGCAGGGCUCUGUGGGCUCCAGCAUCCCAUGGGAUCCCCAUCACAGCUCCUAGAUGGGAAUUGGACUCGUGUCAGUGCCAACAGGGUCUGUUCCUGGCUAUGGAAUAAGGACUGUGGCUCUUCCUGGUGCUUUCUGCUCCAUCGGUGUCACUGCUUGUGGGGCACAGAGGGGGAUGCGCAGUGGAGAGAGCGAGUUGGUUCUGAGCUAUAGACUGUACUGAGAGCAGGAAAUGCAGAGCUUCUCAAUUGGGACGCACAUAAACGCCCGUACACUGAAAGGUGAUGAUCGUCAGAUUCAAGGAGCAACAUGGACCUCAGCAAUCCCCAGGAGCAGCCCAAGGCCUCAGAGGGACAGGAGGUUCUGGAGGAGUGUGACCUGAGCAAAGGGCAGGAGGUGGAGGGCACGGAUAAUGCGGAGGAGCUGAAGGAGCACAGUCAGUCCAAUGGAGAAGCAGGAGAUGAUGUUAAAGUGAAAAAUGAAUACGGUGACAGAGAGGAGAGUGCUUUAAGUUCUGAACGCAUGGAAACCCCGGAAGAAUCCGAAAUACCUUACAGCUACCCCAGAGAAUACAACGAAUAUGAAGGCAUUAAGCUGGAAAGACACCUGGGCUCCUAUGACAACUCCAGGCCAGCGGGUGGGAAGAUGACCUGCGAUAUCUGCGGCUUAGCCUGCAUCAGCCUCAAUGUCUUGAUGGUUCAUAAGCGUAGCCACACUGGUGAGCGGCCAUUCCAGUGUAAUCAGUGCGGAGCUUCCUUUACUCAGAAGGGUAACCUCCUCCGCCACAUUAAGCUACAUACAGGGGAAAAACCUUUUAAAUGUCAUCUUUGCAGUUAUGCCUGCCAGAGGAGGGAUGCGCUAACGGGUCACUUAAGGACACAUUCUGUGGAGAAGCCCUACAAAUGUGAGUUCUGUGGCCGGAGCUACAAGCAGAGGAGCUCUCUGGAGGAGCACAAGGAGCGGUGCCGCACGUACCUGCAGAACACUGGAGGGUGUGAGCCAGCCAACGCGGAGUCAAGGCACAUCAAGGCUGAGAUGGGGACCGAGAGAGCCCUGGUGCUGGACAGGCUGGCGAGCAACGUGGCGAAGAGAAAAAGCUCCAUGCCCCAGAAAUUCAUUGGUGAGAAACGACACAGCUUUGACGUCAAUUACAACUCAUCCUAUGUCUACGAGAAGGAAGGCGACAUAGUACCAGGCCGCAUGAUGGACCAGGCCAUCAACAACGCCAUCUCCUUCCUGGGGGCCGAAGCCCUGCGCCCUUUGGUUCAGACCCCCCCGGCGCCCACCCCUGAGAUGGUCCCCGUCAUCAGCACGCUGUACCCCAUCGCUCUGCCCCGUGCCGACGUGCCCAACGGCAGUGAUGAGAAGAGCCACGUCCCAUUGCGGGAGCGCGCCCUGUCCCCCAACAACAGCGGCCACGACUCCACGGACACAGACAGCAACCACGAGGAGAGGCCCAACCCCCCCUUCCCUCAGGGUCCGGUGCUCCCUGUACCCCGUAAUGGCCUGCCAGCCCUGAAGGAUUUCCCCCGGCCCUACGACAUCAUCAAACCGCCGGCUGUGUGCCCACGCGACGCCUUCAAGGUCAUCAACAAGGAAGGGGAGGCCAUCGGGGCGUACCGCUGCGACCACUGCCGAGUGCUCUUUUUGGAUUACGUGAUGUUCACCAUCCACAUGGGCUGCCACGGCUUCCGUGACCCCUUCGAGUGCAACGUCUGUGGGUACCGCAGCCAUGAUCGGUACGAGUUCUCCUCGCACAUCGCGCGCGGGGAGCACCGUGUGCUGCUCAAAUAGGUGGGCAUCUCCCAGGGCAUCAGAGGAAGGGAACCCACCUGGGCUUAAAGGGCUCAAACAAACAUCAGCUCCUGUGUUUUUCUAUGCCUGUUUCGAGUGCCGAAAGGCGAUGACGCCUUUACGUUUCUAUUAUUCUUUUUAACAAGAUUACUCCGUGUUUUGUAGCAUCCAUGCCUAGCUGCUGUGCUGAGCAGUACUGUAUGAUUACCAGAGGCACAGACCGGUUUUUAUAUGAACUUGAUGAAGAUUAAGAGUGGUUUUCUUUAUUUUUUUAACGUGCAUUUGUUUUCAUGGUGUGUGCUUUAACGGCGCAAAAGGCUUUUGUUCCCUGCCGCCAUCCGCUCUGCUUGGUCAGAUGUAUAGGAAGAACUUGUUCUUGCUGUCACAGCCCCAAUGGUCUCAUCACCAAAACACAGAAAUAUUCACCUGGGAGGGAUCAUUCAUUCAUUUUUAGAGGUUUCCCCUGGGUCUGAAGCACACACAGUCCCACCCUGUGCCCUCCGUGUCCCCAUGGCCACCAAUCACAGAGCCACCCAUCCUACAGCAGCACCAGGAGAUCUCAGCACUGUAUGUGGGGCUGUGCAGCCCCAUCGUGUUGGACGUGGGGAUCUCCCUGGGGGUGGAAGGUGCUGCUUUGCAACACGAGCAUCGGUGAUGACUCUGAAGAUGGUUUGUAACACGGUUCUUCUCAUCUAAUCACUGCUCUGCAGCUGUGUCAUUAGUCACGGUGUGGGAGAUGGGUGUGAUAACGGUUCUGCUGAGAGUGGUUAUUCCUGGCAAAGUGUUUCUGCAUGGGCACGAUGUGUUCCCGUGGGCUUUUUGUGUCCCCUAUGCAGCUCCAUACCAACACUGCUUUGGUCUUUGUCAGUGUGAUAUCUGCGGUGGUCCCUCUGCAAAGGGGGUUGGGGUGCAGAGCUCCAGAAGGAAGGUAUUUGGUCAGAAAUACCUGGUUUGAUUCUGCCCUUGGCCUUGCUGUUCCCUCGGUACCACCUCCCUCAAGCUCAAGGUACAAAGUGGGAAUUCUGUUCAUUUUUUUCCCCACUAAUCACGGAAUCAUUUCAGUUGGAAAAGAUCUUGGAGAUCAUUGAGUCCAACCAAGGCCACGUCCCAGGAAGGAUAGAUCAGCUGCCUUGCAGAGCGCUGCAGGAGCACGAGAUCCUGCUUAUCCAUGGAGCUAAGGAAGGAGAAUUGAUGCUUUGUGCUUGGGAAGGCUCAGAGCAGUCCCCUCUUUGGCCACUGCUCUGCUCGGCACCCAUUCCCUUGUGCUGCUCCAUGGGGAUGCAGUGGUUCCUUGUACUCGGAGAGCUCAGCUGGAGCAGCACUGUGGGUUCUGUGGGGCUCAGGAGGAGCCCAAAGGCACCAUUUCCCACUACGGCACCAUUGUGUUGUUGUGCUCUCAGGACAGGGUUCUCGUUUCGGUUCAGCCCAUGCUGCCUGGCAUUAAUGAAUGGUUGCUCAUUGCUGUUGAACAAUGACAUUGUGGAACUUCGACCCAGUCAUCUAUUAAAAUAUGGUGUGUAUCUCCA